AUGAGCUCCUAUUUUGUUAACCCUCUUUUUUCCAAAUACAAAGGCGGCGAGUCACUGGAGCCAACUUACUACGACUGCAGGUUUCCACAAAGCGUCGCCCGCAGCCACACGCUGGUCUAUGGACCCGGAGCAGCCGCGCCGGGCUUUCAGCACCCGUCCCAUCAUGUGCAGGACUUUUUCCACCACGGGACCACGGGGAUCACAAAUCCCGGAUACCAGCAAAACCCCUGCGCUCUGGCGUGCCACGGAGACGCAACGAAAUUUUAUGGAUAUGAAGCCCUUCCGAGGCAAACGCUUUAUGGUACCCAGCAAGACGCAAGCCUAGCGCAAUACCCAGACUGUAAAUCGUCGAGCAGCUCUAACCCCGGAGAAGGACAAGGCCACUUAAAUCAAAACACCUCUCCCAGUCUUAUGUUUCCUUGGAUGAGACCCCACGCCCCAGGCAGACGGAACGGGAGGCAAACCUACAGUCGCUACCAAACUCUUGAACUGGAGAAGGAGUUUCUCUUCAACCCUUACCUGACCCGUAAGCGGAGGAUCGAGGUGUCCCACGCCCUGAGCCUCACCGAGCGGCAGGUGAAGAUUUGGUUUCAGAACAGGAGGAUGAAGUGGAAAAAAGAGAACAACAAAGACAAGUUUCCGGGUCAGAGGGGAGAGGCCGAAGCCGAAGCCGAGGGCGAGGAGGAGGGCAACGAGGACGGUGAAGUGGAAGAGGCCGAGGAGAAAGAAGCGGAAGAGAAAGAAGAGACCAAGGAGUGAUUUUAUGGUCCUUUUUUAUGGUUAUAUGGCUGAAAAAAGGAAGAAAAAAGAGAGAGAGAGGUCCCAUAAACAGGGGAAGAGUCACAAGGAGGCAGAGAGCGUCAACUUUAUGACCACCCUUUCAUUUUGUCUAGAGGGAACAGGAAUCCCAACAAUAUUGCUGUCAUAAAUAGACAAGAUUCUCCCUUCUCACGUUUCUCCAACAUCGCAUUUCCAUUUGAAAUUUUCUAGAGGCUACACAAGCUUGUGGCAUUUUGUGUUACUUUUUUGUAGUAGGAGAAGGGGGAAUAAAUCUAAAAACGCAUGUUAGAUGGAAAAUGGCUUAGCUCUUAUUAUUAUUAUGAUUACUAUUAUUUGUUUUUUAACUUUCACAAAUUUGCUUUUUAAUAAUAACAACAUCAACAGCCUAGCCAAUAAGAUCAAAGACAUGACCAACGCCGACCUGUGUUGUAAAUAGAUUAUAGCCUACAUUAAAAAAAUAAGAUCAUCAUUUCAGUCAGAGUAACCAAUGUAGGCCUAUAACUUAGUCGUGAGUGUUCAGUCAUCAUCUUCAUCAUCGCAGCAGUUACAUUGGCCCUCAGCCUGUGUAGAAACCCACACGUUUUAUUCUUCUAAUUGUUACUGUAAACUGUUUUACUCGUCUUCAUGUGAAUGGCCUAGACAAAGAUUAGCCAUUAUAGCUCCUCAGACAUCUUCUUGUUUUCUAGGA